CCGCCGCCGCCGCCGCCGCAGCCGCCGCAGCAGCAGCAGCCGCCGCCCCAGGCCCCCCCCAUGGAGCCCGAGGCCCCGGAUUCCCGCAAAAGGCCCCUCGAAACGCCCCCCGAGGUGGUCUGCACCAAGCGCAGCAACACGGGAGAGGAAGGCGAAUACUUCCUGAAGGUGCUGAUCCCCAGCUACGCGGCGGGCUCCAUCAUUGGCAAGGGCGGGCAGACCAUCGUGCAGCUGCAGAAGGAGACGGGAGCUACCAUCAAGCUCUCCAAGUCCAAAGACUUCUAUCCGGGAACCACAGAGCGAGUAUGCCUGGUACAGGGUACAGCAGAGGCCUUGAAUGCUGUGCACAGCUUUAUUGCCGAGAAGGUCCGAGAAAUCCCGCAAGCGAUGACCAAGCCCGAGGUGGUCAAUAUCCUUCAACCCCAAACCACAAUGAAUCCUGACAGAGCCAAGCAGGUUAUACCUACCUCCCCACGCACCGCAACGAAGAGUAGCCCCCGCUCGUCACUCUCCCUCUGGCUCCCCACGCAGGCCAAGCUGAUCGUCCCCAACAGCACGGCGGGCCUGAUCAUCGGCAAGGGGGGCGCGACAGUGAAAGCCGUGAUGGAACAGUCGGGUGCUUGGGUGCAGCUGUCCCAGAAGCCGGAGGGCAUCAACCUGCAGGAGCGCGUGGUGACGGUCAGCGGCGAACCGGAGCAGGUGCACAAGGCCGUGAGCGCCAUCGUGCAGAAGGUACAGGAAGAUCCCCAGAGCAGCAGCUGCCUGAAUAUCAGCUACGCCAACGUGGCUGGCCCUGUGGCCAACUCCAACCCCACCGGCUCGCCAUACGCCAGCCCCGCGGAUGUGCUGCCCGCCGCUGCCGCCGCCUCGGCCGCUGCCGCCUCUGGCCUGCUGGGCCCGGCGGGGUUGGCGGGCGUGGGAGCCUUUCCUGCCGCCCUGCCUGCCUUCUCAGGCACCGACCUGCUGGCCAUCAGCACGGCGCUUAACACGCUGGCCAGUUACGGCUACAACACCAACUCCCUCGGCCUGGGCCUCAACUCGGCCGCAGCCUCUGGGGUCCUGGCCGCCGUGGCCGCCGGUGCCAACCCUGCCGCCGCCGCCGCCGCCAAUCUCCUGGCAUCCUACGCCGGGGAAGCAGGGGCCGGGCCAGCGGGCGGAGCUGCUCCACCCCCACCCCCGCCACCUGGAGCCCUGGGGUCCUUCGCCUUGGCCGCGGCCGCCAACGGCUACCUCGGGGCCGGGGCGGGCGGCGGGGCGGGCGGAGGGGGUGGCCCGCUUGUGGCCGCUGCAGCCGCAGCGGGGGCGGCUGGGGGCUUCCUGACGGCGGAGAAGUUGGCGGCUGAGAGCGCCAAGGAGCUGGUGGAGAUUGCGGUGCCUGAGAACCUGGUGGGAGCCAUCCUGGGCAAGGGGGGCAAGACGUUGGUGGAGUACCAGGAGCUGACAGGCGCCCGCAUCCAGAUCUCCAAGAAGGGAGAGUUCCUGCCAGGCACGCGGAACCGGCGGGUCACCAUCACCGGCAGCCCCGCGGCCACGCAAGCCGCUCAAUACCUCAUCAGCCAGCGGGUCACCUACGAGCAGGGAGUGAGGGCCUCAAACCCCCAGAAAGUGGGAUGAGGCCUGUGGUGUGUGCUCCCACCCGGCUCCCUGUCCCUCCUUUUCCUCCCCCUCCUCCUCCCCCCUCCCCCUCCUCUGCCCCCCAACUCCUGACCUCAGCUCGGUAGAGUCCUGCUCCUCUUGGGAUGGGGCUGGGGUAGGCCUGACUGCACCCUCCCUUUCUGGUAGUCAUAGGCAGGAUUGAGUGAUGGCUGGGGAUGGGGCCCAGAAGCUCCCUCCCCAGCCCUGAACUGACCCCUUCUUCCUUCCUCCCUAUGCUUGACUGGGCCUGACCCUCCUCUCCCAGGGCCCAGGUCUGUGUGAUAUCUGUAUAUAUUGCAUUUUGUUGAUUUUAAUAGAAAACAAAGCGUUA